UCAUGACAUCACAGAAUGCAUUUUGAUUGGCUGAAUCCAGAGGCAGCAGGGUUUAAAAGCCAAGCAGCUGUGAGCAUCAAAACAAAACAAGAUCUCAAGCAAGAGACUUGGAAAGUAGUGGUGGAUCCUCUAUCAGACAGCAGCAAGAAGGUUAGAUUCACAGCAGCUGAGGAACAGAACACACCAAGGAAAAUGAAGGCUGUCAUUGUUUUCGUGCUCCUUUUCGCAGCGGUCUAUUGUCACCCUGUGAAACGUUCAGCCAGCAGCUCAGAGAGUGCUGACCUGCAGCCUGUUGAUACUCAGGUAUUGAAAGUCACUGCGGUUGCUGAUGUUAGCUCUGAAGAGGAUGAUGAUGAUGAUGAUGACAGUGACAGCGAUGAGUCUGAUGAGAAUGGCGAGCCCACCAGUUCUCCUCCUAUCAUAGAGACCACUCUGAUCCCUGUUAUUAAUGGCCGUGGAGACAGCAUUGGCUUCCAGAGUGACUACAAGAAACCCGUUUAUUAUGUGGAUGGCAACAACAUUGAGAAAGGACCUUCUUCUCAUAAAUCCUAUGGAUCUGACAAGACCAAGUAUGAUGGUGCGGAUCUGAAAGUGUACAAGGCUCUGCAGGUGCACAAUGUUGGGCUGGACCAGGGAGUGGACGCCUCCAGUGGCACGGACAGUGAUGACGCGAGCCAGCAAGAGCAGAAGGCAGCUUCUUCUUCCAGUGCCAGUGAUGCCGUUCCCAGUCAGGAGAGUGAGGAGGACAGCCAGAGCAGUGAGGAGAACACAACCGCGGCUACCGCGACCGACAGCAACUCCUCCGAGAGCGAUGAGAGUGAGGAGACCAACACAGCGGAUCAGCCUGCAUUGCUCAAGAACGAGAACCCUGAAGUCCUCAUCGCUUAAAUACACCCCAAACCUGCUGGUGACAAGUGACUCACUUCACUUCAUGUGAUAAGUAGCAGAACACAAUAAUACAGCUCAGACAAACGGUAUAGAACCGAGGCUGCAUUUUGUUACCUGUCAAAAAUCUGUUUCUUUUAAACAAAUCUACAUUUGCACAAUCAUUUAUGAUAAGUAUAUGUAAUAUAUUUUAUUCUCCCCUGUAUCAAGUUAUCCUUUAUGAAUAAAAUCAUUUUUUUCCUUUUUCAAAAAACAAAAA